GGGUAGCGUGUAUUGUAUGCCGCCGACUACAGUAGCAAAGAGUGGCAGCCGCUACGCCAAGAAGGUGACGGACUAAACCAGGAAGGACAAAUCAAAUCCAGGAAGAUGACAGAGGGGAUGGUGCAAAAAUUGCGGUUAUGGAAGCUAUAGCGGUAGUACGGAAAGGACGUUAGCGGCAGGUGCACCAGUUUUUUUUUUUUUUUUUUUUUUUUUUUAUUAUUAUUUUUUUUUUUAGGAAAGAAAAAAAGACGGAACACCCGGCAAGACAAGGCUGCAGCGUAGGCAUCACAUAGGUGGGAAAAAAAAAAAUAAAAAAAAAUUCAAGAAGAAGAAGAAGAAGAAUAUCGUGGAGGUGGUGGGAGGCAGGAGGCUUUGAAGCCGGCGGUGAGUGGUUUGGGGAGGAGGGAGCUGUGCUGGUUCUGCUUGGUUGUAAAGGAAAUUUAAAAGACUGCCAGGCCAUCGCGAUGGGGGGGUCCUUUUAUGAAAGUCUGCUGGGCAAAGGCACUCAACUGACGAAGGGAGAGUAUAUCUCGUUGGCGAUUGCCAUAGCCAUACCGAUUGGCCAAAGCCUGAUUUCUACGCUCUUUGGAGGCGCCGAUGAAUGGUACACGAAGCUGAAGAAGCCAUGGUUCACACCACCGAACUGGGCGUUUCCGGUCGUUUGGAUGACGUUGUUCACGCUUAUGGGGAUCGCGUCAUGGCGGAUAUGGCUGCAAGGAGGAUUUGCGGCGCAGGCGUGCCCUCUAGGGUUGUAUGCGUUCCAGCUCGUAUUGAAUUUCUUUUGGAGCCCCAUCUUCUUUGGACUCCAUCUUAUGGGCUGGGCACUCCUGGAGAUUUCCAUUUUGUGGGGGUCUGUUGUGGCCUGCAUUGUGGCCUUCUACAAAGUUGACCCUAUUGCGGGCUACCUCCUCGUACCGUACAUCAUGUGGUUAUCUUUGGCUUCUCUACUGAACUACAGCAUAUGGGCAGAAAAUUCUCUCAAAGUGGAUUGAACCUUGUUAGAAGGCUUGUAGUGCCGAUCGGCAAGCAAGCAAGCAAGCAAGCAGGAUGCAACCGAACAUGUUGCAGGGGGCGUCAAUGAAGUGAAAAGGCGGAAGACGAGAGAAGUGCAGGCUUCUGAUGCUUCGAGCGGGUUCACUGCGUCACUAUAUUGGCACUGAAAAUGGUGUCAAAGUGGAUUGACCUUUUUUUGGAAGAUUCUACUGCUGAUCAGCAAGCAAGCAAACAGGAGAGGAGGAGGAGGAGGAGGAGGAGGAGGAGGAGGAGGAGGUACACUGCUUAGAAUCUACUAGAAUCAGGCUGCAAGCUAAAACAGGCUCCAAGUAGAUUGCCAGAUUCUAAAGCAAGCAACUAAGUCAGAAAGCUGGACAGUUCUACCACCCUACAUACGUGAUGGGUACUAGAAUGGGUUCUAGAAUGGGUUCUAGAACAUAGCUAAUGUUCAUUGGGUAGAUGGUCUAUGCAGCAGGUUGUCAUCCCCGUCACAUGACUAAGCAACUCAGAAAGCUGGACAAUUACAUGUCUGUUCAAACGAACAACUAGUACUGUAACAGGGACGCUGGACCGGCUUUCCAACAGGUGCUGCUCCCCACUAAUAUAUGGAGCCUUCCGGAGAGUGCUAGUGGUGCCUUCUCUUAUCAGCAGCACCCCUAGCAUGCACUCAGGUUGUUGAAGAAAAGUGAAAAAAAAAAAAAAGUGAAAAGGAGGAAGAUGAGAGGCGUGAAAGGCUUCGGAUGCUCCGAGUGGGUGGUGCAGUGCUCUCUAUAUUGUAGAUAGGUACCUAGCUGCAGGCUUCUAACGUUGAGGCCCGCGAACUGUAGAUAGGUACCUGUCGUGGGUCCAGAAACCGACCUCUACAACACCCUGGGCUUCUAUUUAAAAAAAAAAAAAAAAAAAAAAGGGUGCGAAUGAGGAUGUUGCGGUGCACGUGUCU